GUGCAGUUCUCAUUGGCUGACAAAUGAGCAAUGCUCUGUUGUUCAUUCCAAAUUGAAGGGACGCCGCUCGGCGAUAAAUUACUCUUAGAUGGUUAUUAAUGUCACGAAAAUUAUACAGUCCAUAUCCGAUAAAACAACAAUAUUCGUGGCUGUACGCGGCAACCCGGAGAUCUACCGGUUCAUUUGCCGGUCAACUAUGCUAGCAUCGCUAGCUAACUAGCCAGCGACCAGGUUCUCGUCGCGUCCUGUUCAUCUUCAUGGGCUUCCGCUGUUGAUUCUUCCAGGCUUGUGCUGGGGGCAGCGAGGCUAACAAAUUGAUGCCAUCCGCCAGGAAUUCCGGCCACAUUAUGAGCGGGGCGGGUUGCAAAGCGAACGGUGCCGUGUACCCCGCCUCGUCGGCUAUGUUGAACUCCGUGAAGAAGCCGAAGAUGGAGCAGAUUCAGGCCGACCAUGAGCUCUUUCUCCAGGCCUUCGAAAAGCCAACACAGAUAUACAGAUUUCUUCGCACCAGGAACUUGAUUGCACCGAUAUUUUUGCACAGGACUCUGACCUUCAUGUCUCAUAGAAAUGGUCGCUCCAAUGCCAAAAGGAAAGCAUUCAAAGUAGAUAACAUGUUGCAAACUGUAGAGAAGAUGAAGGGAGAGCAGGAUUCUCCCAGCUUAUCUUCUCAUCUGCAAUUAACUUUUACUGGGUUCUUCCAUAAGGACGAAAAGCCAUCUCAGAACUCAGAGAAUGAGCAAAAUUCCGUCUCCUUGGAGGUGCUACUUGUCAAAGUCUGCCAUAAAAAACGCAAGGAUGUCAGCUGCCCAGUUAAGCAAGUGCCUACAGGUAAAAAGCAGGUGCCUUUGAACCCUGACAGCCAGCAAAGCAAGCUGGCCUCCUGUCCCUCCUUAGUGGUGUCCAGCAACGAAUUUGAGCCCAGCAACAGCCACAUGGUCAAGUCGUACUCGCUCCUCUUCAGGGUGUCGCGCACGGGCCGGAGGGAUGCCAAUGGCCUGCCCAACGGCGAAGCCAACGAGAACAUCGAUGUGAGAGAUACUCAAAGUAGAAAGAAGAGGAACUCGUCUCAUAAGGAAGAAGGGGACACAACAGAGACAUAUGUUGCUCAAAUGACUGUCUUUGAUAAGAACAGGAGGUUGCAGUUGCUGGAUGGAGAGUAUGAGGUGUCCAUGCAGUGGAUGGAGGACAGCCCUGUGAGCAAGAAGCGAGCCACGUGGGAGACGAUUCUUGAUGGCAAGAGGCUGCCACCGUUUGAAACAUUUUCUCAGGGACCCACAUUGCAAUUUACUCUACGCUGGACUGGUGAAGCCAGUGGGAAGUCUACAGCCCCCGUCGCCAAACCCCUGGCUACCCGAAACUCGGACAGCUCUGGCCCCAUGGAGACCAGGACUAGUCACCACAGAGCCACCCCCUUGGCAGUGAAGGAGUCGGUCAGCACAGAUAUCCAGAUGAGGAAAGAACUCAUCCCAUGUGAGCCACGGCAAAAGUUACGGAUAUUUUAUCAGUUCCUGUACAACAACAAUACGCGGCAACAGACAGAGGCGAGGGAUGACCUUCACUGCCCUUGGUGCACGCUAAAUUGCAGCAAGCUCUACAGCCUCCUCAAACACCUCAAACUCUCACACUCACGUUUCAUCUUCAACUAUGUGCCUCACCCCAAAGGAGCAAGGAUAGACGUGUCCAUCAACGAGUGUUAUGACGGCUCGUACGUUGGCAAUCCUCAGGACAUCCACAGCCAGCCGGGCUUCGCUUUCAGCCGCAACGGCCCCGUCAAGAGGACCGCCGUCACUCACAUACUGGUUUGCAGGCCUAAAAGGACCAAGCCGAGCCUGUCUGAGUUUCUAGAGUCCGAGGAGGGCGAGAUGGAACAGCAGAGGACCUACGUGAGCGGACACAACCGCCUUUACUUCCAUAGUGACAGCUGCAUGCCGCUGCGACCCCAGGAGAUGGAAGUGGACAGCGAGGAUGAGCGGGAUCCCGAGUGGCUCAGAGAGAAAACUGCAACGCAACUGGAUGAGUUCACAGAUGUCAAUGAAGGAGAGAAGGAGGUGAUGAAGUUGUGGAACCUUCAUGUCAUGCAGCAUGGCUUCAUAGCGGAUAACCAGAUGAACCAGGCCAUCAUACUGUUUGUGGAUGACUGUGGCGCGCACAUCGUCCGCCGCAACCUCUGCCGCAACUUCCUCCUCCACCUGGUGAGCAUGCACGACUUCAACCUGGUGGGCACGGCCACCAUCGACCGGGCCAUGGCGCGUCUGAAGCAGAUCCAGGAGGAGCUCCCGGAGGAUGCCGAGGAACGGCAAGAGCGCGCGCUGCUCGCGGCGGCGGGGAGCUGCAACGGCGGCGCGGCGUCUUCCGCUGUGGGGAAGCAGGGCAAGAGGACAAAAAGCGCUCUCACGGACUGAUGCAGGCUUGUAGUAGUCGCAGGGGAGGGUUUUAGGGUUCUCCCCCUUCAAUAAACAUUUCCAACCUUUUGGUGCUUAGAGGUGGUCAGCAGAGCGUCUGACUGCAAACAGACCAUUAUACAAGGUAAACAAGUUUUUAAAACUUGAACUCAACCAAAUAUGAAUGAUGUAGAAUUGAAUCACCCACAUCACGACUGGGUGAUAUGAACAGAUUGCAGGGGUGGGGAUGCCCGGUUCAUGAGAGUAUUUGAUCCAAGCCCAAACAAAUUUUUAACCCACAAAAGCUCCUAAUAUAUAUAAUCUUGGUUUUUGUUUUGUUUCUUUUUCCUAAUACAAUUAUAUGGCCUACUCUGGAGGACUGGACCCUGGUUCCCCACCCUUGUUCUUGUGUGUCCGGCUAAGAUGAGGAUCGUUCGAACAACAGUUGAAACUGUACUGCUAACGUGAAUUGUACACAUACAUGAUAACCUUUUUAAAACCCAUAGCUGAUUACUUUUAGCACUUGAUGUUUUUGUAUUUAGAGAUUUUCCGUUUUCAUAAACUCAGAGCUACGCCCAAAUGUGUUAUACAGCCUUUCCUUAGUCAUCAGUGGAGAAUCUGAAGAACUUGUGUUUUAGUAUCAUUGUUGAUACUGUGAGUACAAGAAAUGUCAGGCCGUUUAUACAAUAAGGGAGUGUGUUUGGGCUACCCAAAACCUUUUUUUUCUGGACAAUAGAGUUCAAAGAAUAACAGUUAGAUUAUAGUUUUCGGUGCCGGUUUACCAAAGGGGUUAUUAUCAGUAUUUUGAGUUCUGUUAGGGGUUUUUUUUUUUUUUUUUUUUUUUGGUGGCUUUGGGUAUAAACUGACAUUGAUGGUUCAUUCCCAACCCUAAUUUGGUAUA